UUUGAAGCUCUACGUAGUUGUCCAGGAUGUUUGUUUUGACCAAUCGCAUAUGACGUUUUCGAACAACGCUAGGUGGAGAAUGUUCUGAUGUAAGGCUUACAAAUUUUUUUAAACAAUUAUUCCAUGGGACUUUUCUGAAUGCUGGAAGUAAAAAUACAGUAUAUGCAAUCGGAAACCCAAGGAUAAUACGAGUACACUGUACAGAAUGCUCAAAAUGGCAACCCGAGCGGAUCUAGAAGAAACUGAUGGAAACAACAUGGAAGUGCUGGCAUCGUCCAGUAGUGCGACGCAUUAUCCAGAAAAAAUGGAUUCCGACAAACGUGUGACUAUGGAAAAAGGUAGAAAAGGAUCGCUUGCCAUAUCGGAGGAGCUUCCGGAUCCACUUGUGGCUACGCCGGAACCUGAACUCACUCCAAAAAGCACCGGGAAAAGAGUUAUUUUAUCCAUUGCACUAGUACUUGGAGCAACCGGAACCAGUAUUGCAGAAUCUCAGCUAGCAAAGCAGUCGUACUCAGAGGACUUUAACGCGCCGUUUUUGAUGAUGUACACAAGCCAAAUGAUUCGAGUUUGGAUCUUCCCAUUGUUUUUAUUAAUUUCCGGAGCAGUUACCUUUGCAAAGCGAAGGUCAUUUGGAUUUGAAAAGCAAAUUAACAAAGCUAUACUUGUGUAUGGCCCCGAAGGCGUAACCUUACUUUCGUUAUUCAAAGUGACCGUGGUCCUAGGAGCAAGUAGCAUUGUCAGUUUGGGCCUGUACAUGUCGACACUGUCGUAUAUAUCUCCUUCGGAGUCGACAACGUUAAUGACCUCCCAAAUCGCCAUAGUUUAUGUCAUCAGCAUAAUAUUUCUGCAUCAACGGAUUCUGCUAGUAAAGAUAAUUGCUACAGUUGUUUCGUUCACGGGUGUGGCACUCACAGCGUAUGUGAAAGGAUUUCAAUCGGAUUCCAUAACUGGCAUUGCCGUGACCCUAGUUGCUGCGACAUUUUACGCGGUUAACCAGGUUUAUUUGAAAUACGUUCUAAAGACGGCUAAGCUCGGACAAAUCACGUUGUAUAUGUCCAGCACUGCAAUCUUUAUUUUGAUGUUUGGAUGGGUGUUUCCGUUGACUUUGUGGAUCGCCGGUAUGGAAACAUGGUCUUUCGAUUCGGUUCCUUGGGGAUGGAUUGCCGGGUCGGGAGGAGCCACCCUGGCUACUGCCAUUAUUGUUAAUUAUGGUAUAAGUGUUGCGACUCCUUUCUUCAUGUCCAUGUACAACCUCCUACGAAUCCCGAUUAACAAUCUUAUAGAUGCGUAUGCACGGGGACAAACUUUUGCGGAACUGGAAAUUGUGGGCGCUGUUUUAAUUGCAAUUGGUUUUAUUUUUAUUGUUCUUCCGGACGACCGAGUAUCCAUUCGCCUAAAAAAACAAUCAAGCAAAUAACAAUGAAUUUCACUCAACGAAAUUACUAUAUGAAUGCAAAAGCUUGCGUUUUCGGUCAACCAACGUGGGAUACAAAACCUAAAUUAUCGCACAAUUAUCCAUGUCAAAGCUGUUAGAGUACAGUACA